AUGGCUAACGAACGCAGUGUGUAUUCGUCUGGCCAGUUCAUGAACCCAGGCCCGGCGCCACGACCCCCAGCCGAUCGACCUCGUCUCGCCCUUACGCCAAAUAACAGUCUUCCUGGCAACAUGGCCAACAUGGCCAUUUCCCCCAUCAGGAGCACGGCGACCUCGACCUACACCGGUUCCACAAUCUCGCUCCCUAUCGCCCGCCAGCAAUCCGGCCAGAACGAUGGCAUGGGAGGUGUCGCCGUCAAGAAGGAAGGGUGGGCCUCUGUGAAGGAGUCCAAGAACUUCAUCAAUCCGUGGAAGCAGAAAUACCUUAUCCUGCGAAAAGAAUCGCUUGAUUUCCACAAGACCGAGGGCGGCAAAGUCACGUACACCCUCUACCUGAAGGAUGUCGUUAACGUUGGCCGAGUCGAGGCCGCCGGCACCAUCUUCGAGAUUAAGAGAAACCCUAACGGAUCAUCCAACAGUCCGGGCGAAGACGACGGCCAAACCAAAACGCUACAAAUUCGCGUCAAGAGCGAUGACGACUUGUACGAAUGGAUCGAUCUCAUCUACGGCGCCUGUCCUGGAAUGGGCGGUGUCAGCAACCCCACAAACUUCUCCCACGCCGUCCACGUCGGUUUCGACCCCCAGACUGGCGAGUUUGUCGGGCUGCCGCCCGAAUGGUCGAAGCUCCUCAACUCAUCCGCCAUCACAAAGGAGGACUACGAGCGCAACCCUCAGGCCGUCUUCGAGGUCCUUGACUUCUACUCCGAUCUGACCAAGCGGGCGGAGAACCCCCAACAAUACUCCAGCCUUACGCCUACACCUCCUGCCAGUAGCCAGCAGAACAAGCAGCUCGGCUAUGGCGGUGGCGGCUCCUCAGUCGCGCCUCCAAGGCCCAUGCCGCCGUCGCAGGCUCAGCGUCAACCCAGCUACAACACGCAGCCCUCGUCGCAGGGGCAGCAACGGCGGCCAUCGCCCACGGAGCAGCAGCAGCAGCAACGUCUCCAGAUGCAGGGCAUGGCCAGCAACUACCAGGCGGAUCCUCGCGAAGAGCAGCGCUUGAAGCAGCUGGAGGCACAGCGCAUCCGCGAGAGGGAGAUUGAGGAACAGAACCGUCGGGAUUUGGAAGCCUUCAACGCGUCCAUCCCCAAGACAAAGACGCCCAUGGCUCAACAAGAGAUCGGCGGCUUCGGCGGCGGCUCGUCCAUCCCCCCGACAGACAGAUACAAUCCCUCAAGAGCAGCCCCCCCGGCGCCCAAGCCGUCACAACAGCAACAGGCCAACGGACUCCGGGCGCAGCGCCCCGCACCCUCACCGCCGACCGCCGGUACUUCCAAUCGCCCCCCCAUGGCCUCACAGCAGAGCUCCAGCUCUAUGCGGGACCCUAACCAAGCUCAGCGGGCGCCUCGUCCGGACCAAUCGUCCAGCCAGCAGCAGCGCUACCCCAACGGCAGCCCCCAGCAGCCCAGACAGCCUCAAGCGCAGGCCGCGCCGCCAUCUCGCUUACCCGCUCCUGUAAAGCCCUUGAAUGUGUCAAAGGCCCAGCCCGUGCCGCAAACCGAUGCCGUCAAGGCUGCGGAAGCAGCACUUACUGCCAAGCCGCCUGCCCAAGACCGCAAGCAGGAUGUGCGCAUGUCUACCAUGUCCGAGAGCGAAGUCAUGGCCAAGCUCAAGGAAGCCGUUUCCAAGGACGACCCGAAUCUUUCUUACUCCAAGCAAAAGAAGAUUGGACAAGGUGCUUCGGGUUCCGUUUACGUUGCCAAGGUCAAAGAGGGCGCUGUCUCGCCCAUUGCCCGUGACGUUUUGCGUGCCCAGGGCAUCAAGGCCCAGGUUGCUAUCAAGCAGAUGGAUCUUGCACACCAGCCCAGAAAGGAGUUGAUUGUGAACGAGAUCAUGGUCAUGAAGGACAGCAGGCAUCGCAACAUUGUCAACUUCCUGGAUGCAUUUUUGCGCAACAACAAUGCCGAACUAUGGGUUGUCAUGGAGUACAUGGAGGGCGGUGCCCUGACGGACGUUAUCGACAACAACCCUAGCAUCACCGAGGAGCAGAUCUCCACAAUCUGCUUGGAGACCUGCAGUGGUCUGCAACAUCUCCACUCCCAGAACAUCAUUCACCGUGACAUCAAGAGUGACAACGUGCUGCUGGACGCCCGAGGAAACGUCAAGAUUACCGAUUUCGGUUUCUGCGCCAAGCUCACCGAGUCCAAGUCGAAGCGCGCGACGAUGGUCGGAACUCCCUACUGGAUGGCGCCCGAGGUUGUCAAGCAGAAGGAGUAUGGCCCCAAGGUCGAUAUCUGGUCAUUGGGUAUCAUGGCUAUUGAGAUGAUCGAGUCCGAGCCGCCCUACCUGAACGAGGAGCCUCUCAAGGCUCUGUACCUGAUCGCCACCAACGGUACACCACGCCUCAAGAAGCCCGAAAAGCUGAGCAAGGAGCUCAAGGCCUUCCUGUCGGUUUGCUUGUGCGUUGAUGUCAAGAGCAGAGCAUCCGCCGAUGAACUUCUUCAGCACGACUUCCUGAAGCACGGAUGCCCGCUGGGUAGUCUGGCGGAGCUACUUGCCUUCAAGAAGCAUGCCAAAUAG